AUGGAUGACAAAGAACAUAGUCAUAACAUUGAUGGGGACGGUGAAAAUAGCUCCGCUGAAAAGCUACGAGCUAAACAAGAAAAAAAGAAUAUGAAAAAAGCGCGAAAAAAAGCGGCUAAAAAUACUGAUAGUUCAACUGUUGAAGACACUUCAGCUAUUACUGCUGCCAAACAAGCAGAAUUACAAGAAAAAGUCAGAAUGCUUGUAAAUCAAUUAGCCAUUCGUGAAGCUAUACAACCUCAGCCAAGUAUUACUAGUUCACAAAGACAAAAGGAUAUGAGCUCUCAUAAAUUUUGGAGUACUCAACCGGUUCCAAAACAUGGUGAAAUAAUUAAUGAUAAUGGUCCAAUAGAAGAGAAUACCCCACAUGAUCAAAUUCGUAAAGAACCAUAUAUUUUACCAAAAGAAUUUGAAUGGUCAAUUUUAGAUUUGAAUAAUGAAAAUGAGCUUAACGAAUUAUACACCUUGCUAACAAAUAACUAUGUCGAAGAUGAUGAUGCUAUGUUCCGUUUCGAUUAUUCUGGUGAUUUCUUGAGAUG